AACAACUGUAAUAAUGAAAUUCAAGACUAUUACGUAUUUUCUUAUAUUUAUUUGUGUGUUUUUUGUAAUCUAUGGUACUAGCGCAAAAUAUAGAUUUGGCAGUAAAACAAGUUUCGGUAAAGGAUCAUUUCAUGGAUCAACACAUGGAAGAUCACGUGGAACAUCACAUGGAACAUCACGUGGAUCCUUAUCUGGAACAUCACAUAGAAUCCCAUAUGGUGGAACAUCAAAUGGAGCAAAUUCUAAUCAAAGAGUUCAUGAAUAUGGAGUAUCUAAUAGUAAACCUUCGCAUCCCACAGGAAAUUCUGCUGGAUCAACCGAACAAAAUAAAAAUAUUAAUACCGAUUUCCUAAAAGCCGAGGGUGGAGGAGCUACACGACCAGGUCAUGCAACAAUAGGCCAAGCAAAUCCGGCCUGGAGUAAUCCUUAUUUAAGAGACAAUAAACCAACUGCACCAGCUCAACAACAUUCUCUAGCUUACUCAGAAGCUAAUAAAUCGCCUGUUCCAAAUUCUCUACCAGCUGCACCAGGCUUUCAACCACCCCCAAUUGGAUUUAAGUAUCCACAGACUCAUUCAACUAGUGGUGGUACUUAUCCUACUAAUCCUAUACAUAUAUCUUCGAAUCCUAUUUCUCAUCCAAAUUACCCAACAAAUCCAAUACCAUCAGGGAAUCCUUAUUCUACACAUUCUUCUUCAUUCUACCCAGCAAAUUCAAUGCCAUUAGGGAAUCCUUACUCUAUACAUCCUUCUGGACCUGCUUUUAAUGUACCUGGACAUUCUCCUUUUAAUUAUCCACAGCAAACACAUGUACUUGCACAACCUGCAGUACAGCCAUUUGUACCUGGCCAAACUAUUCUAAUGACGCCUGGACAACAAGAUUCUGGUCGAGGUUUUGGCCAAAUGGUCAAAGAGGCGCUUGUCUUUUCAACAAUUAACGCAGGAGUAAAUAGAUUAAUAAAUCCUCAUACUCAUUACGUAGAAACGAAGCCUGCAGACUCUGCCCCACCAACUCCUACAACUCAUGUUACUUACAAUAAUCAAUAUUUUAAUACUGUAUCUGACGGCUAUAACAAAAUGAAUCCCGCAAACGUACCACAAGGAACUGAAUUUCCUAUCUCUCCAACUGGACUCCCUAAUUUUCCAAAUGGACCAUUUACUUCAAAUGUAGGAGGAAAUAAUAUCCCUUCAUCAGGAAGUGCGAGUCCAAACAUACCAGACAUUCCAAGUUCAACUACAAGACACGUCUUUGGAUCAGGCAUAAAUGAGAAUGUAACUUCUCCAACUGGAUCUAAUAAUCCUGCUAAUAUAAACAAAUCAUUUGAUUAUACGAUCUCGGACGAUGAACUUUUUAGAAUAUCAGAAGAGCUGUUCGCAAAAAAUUCACGCAACAUGAACAACUACAUAAAAAUGAAUUUACAGACUCGAGUUACGUCAAGCAACAUAACGGAUGAGGCCAAAAAACCAUUAUUCGAAGUAGACCCAGAAUUAUUAGAGUAUCCAUCAAUUUACGCAAUACGAACUCUAUACGAUAGCUACGAGUAUGAUUCUCGUAAAAAAUUGAACCGCACUUUGGAAAUAAGGAAACAAGAGAAUCUUUUGCUCGACAUCUUCCUAAACACAAACGAGAUGUCAAGAGCUAUGGAAUGGCUAGCUGAUCGUGGGUUUAUCGCUCCGGAUGAUUUCGAACGAAAAGACGUACUUCGUCGAAUUUGGUUUACUGUAUUCAACGGAAGUACAUGUGGAUUCGAGCGUGUGUUUGCGUCUGAAAAAUAUGGCACAGCCAUUAUUGGUGUGCAAGAUUGGAUUUAUUUCGAAAACCAAGAAUCUUUGAAACGCAUAGAUUACAUGGGCUAUGUAGAUAAGUUGGAUCUUGGAAGUACUGCUUCGUUGGUGAAAUUAAACUUCCAACAAGAUGGAAACAUUAGACAAAAUGCAACAAUAUUUGUGGGUACUCUACCUGAGCUGGAGAUGGCUUUGUACACAAUAUGCUUCUACGCAAGAUCGAAUGAUCUCUGCCCAGUUUCCCUCGGCGCCACUAAGUUCACCAUUUAUACGCAUUCAUUUAUCUAUUUCGGAAUCCAAAUUAUAGAUUUCGCUUCUCCAAUGUUUUAAUAUACAAGAUAUGUUAUACGUAGUAAUUAUUGUAUAUAUAGGGAUCAAUAUAAUGUAGGCUAGAUUGUUCUAUACAUGUAGAUAAUUCAUUAUCAGCAAUAAAGUUAUUAACGAAAAGAAAA